UUGAAGAAAUUGGAAGUUACACUCCCUACCCCUUUGGACGUUCUACCAGAGCACAAAAAUCAUGUUAAAUAUUGUCAUUAUGUGUAAUAGUCUUGUGUUUUGUGGCAAAUAAACAAAACUAGGGAUACAAUUGAAUUUUCUUCUCGUGUUCGUUUUAACAUUUCUGACAUUGAGCAGCAUCAAAAAUUGUUACAAAAUAAAGGUGAUACAAUCGUAAUAAGAGACAUAUUAACAAUAUAUUCAUAUCUCACGUAUAUUUAUAUCUAUACUGCAUACAAAGCAGACAUGCAGUACCUGAGUAAAAGCAAGCAAAGCUUUCUUAAUAAAACCACUCAACAAAACUUCUCCCCUUAAAUUUCCUUUAUCUUGCUGACUUGUUUCAUUCUCCGUGUCUUUAGACAUGGUUCUAGCACUUUAACCUGUGCUUUCCACGAAAAGAAACAAAAUGAUUGCCAUAUUUUUCCAGCAAGGUCAAGCGAAAAUUCUCAAAAAUGACCGCCAUAUUUGCUGAGCUGGUCAGCCGCCCCAGUCCUUCAACACCCCAGAGAUCGAGUGGUGAUGUUCUGUAAAGCUCGAAUUUUUGGUGUUUUUGUUAGAAAAAGUAAACAGUUUAUUAGAAGUCAAGAUAAUCUGUGGAAAUCAGGAUAUAUUGGUGAGAUAUUGGCAAAAUCAUGACAAUAAUAGUAAAACUUAAAGAGGGCAGGCCAGUAUGGCAUUGGUUGCUAAACUGACCUACCAAGGGCUUACCAGCUGAUGUACACCCAGCUACCCAGCUUGGCUAACCUAGGUGGUGUUCAUUAAUAUUAAAUGGUAAUAAGAUAGUGAGCUUAAGCAUGUGAUGCUCUUGACAACACUGACGUCAGGCAUACAUAAUUCACCAUUAGGUAUUUGCAUAAAAAACUAACCUUAGCUUGUAUAUAUAAUGCAUGGUUGAGCUAUAUAUUGGCUGAGCAUGUUGCUGUAACAGGCAAGGGGCUAACCUCAUUAAUGACAUGUAGUUAACCUGUGGAAGGUGUAUUGAUAUUAAACAAAAUGUCAAUCUCCUUCCUGUAGCUCUGGUACCAUUCAUUCAAAACUGUCAAACAUUGACCCAAACCAGAAUGCAUUCCAACAUCAAGACUGUGAACCACGGCAGUAUGCGUGUGCAAAUACUCCCUGCAUUGGAAGACAACUUCAUGUACUUGAUUAUUGACGACAAAACAAAGGAAGCAGCAAUCGUUGAUCCAGUUGAACCAAAAAAGGUAGUAUUAUUGAAAAAUAUUAGCUAUGGUGACAUUAGCCCAUUAAUGCUAGCACUCUUCUCUUGACAAGUAAAAUUGCCUGGUGUUAGACAGAGUAGCAUAGUAAAGUAGGGCAUAUUGGAGCACAGCAUCUCUCACAGCAUUCAUUUCAACUUUGUCAGGUUUUAAAAGCAGUAGAAAAGGAAGGAGUUGAGUUAAAGACUGCUUUGACAACACAUCAUCAUUGGUAUGUCAUGAAACUCCAGAUGAUAUUGUUUAGUUUUCUUUAAUAAAUAUUUAAUAGUCGUAAUCUUUCAGGGAUCAUGCCGGAGGAAAUGAAGAACUUGCAAAACUAGUUCCUGGGUUACCUGUGUAUGGCGGUGACGACAGGAUUGGAGCCUUGACAAAGAAAGUUUCACACAAUGACGAGUUUAAGGUACAGUUAACUGUUCUGGCAGGGCCGUCGGGUGUUCAGGAUGCAACACCUCCCCCUGAAAACAAGUUGUCGGAAAAUGAAGAAUUUGUCUGCAAUAUCCUAAAAACUACAUCUUUGGUCUAUUUGGAUUUCACCCCGUUGACACAUAUUGAGACCACACCCUUAUGUGAUCAAAUCUUAAAUGAUGUAGCCCAAUUUACCCUGUAGAUGAAAGUACUCUGGAUUUGACCUCGUAUUGGUCCAAUGUUUGGCUGAUUUAUAUGAGACUGUUGAUAUGUCCAUAGUAACAAAAUAAUAUUUAGAUUGGCAAUCUUGAUGUCAAGUGUCUAUUCACACCAUGUCACACCUCUGGACACAUUUGUUAUUACAUCACUGCUGACGUGGACAAACCUGGGGCUGUUUUUACAGGUUGGUAACAUCCAGAAUACAGAGUAUAUUGGUGUGACAGCUGCCGGUACCUUCACUCUGUGGUGACACAUGUAUUAAUCAUUUACUUUACAAAUUCUGGCAACCAUGGAUGUAUUUUCAAAAGAGUUCAAUAUUUUUUUGCAGGAGACACAUUAUUUUUAUCAGGUUGUGGGAAAUUUUUUGAAGGAACACAAGAACAAAUGUACCAGGCAUUGAUUGAAAUUCUUGGAAAAUUACCAGCAGCAACAGUGAGUGAUUGAAUAUUUAAAGACAGAGUCAGCCACAUUCAAUUUGGGGGCAAAUGCAAGCUGGUGCUACAGAUUUUAGCUGGUGGAUAAAGGUGCAUGGUUUGCAAAAUAGUUUACAGGCGCUUUGCACAUUGCAAUAGCAUCAUGCUGGGUUGCUGACCACCUAGAAUCUACCACACCUGUAUCUUCUGGGUUGUAUCACAAAUACUGUACUGGGCAGGAUGGUAUUGAUGUAAUUUUUCUUGACCUUAUUUAGUCAGUGUACUGUGGUCACGAAUAUUCAGUUAAAUCGCUCAUGUUUGCUCAACAUGUUGAGCCAAACAACACAACUGUGAAAAACAAGUUGGAAUGGUGCAAGGUAGGUUUUAUAUACAGCUAGUUUCUGGAUAACACGGUGUGUACAUCAUAUUAUCACCAUGUAAUCAUGCAAACAUCACCAUGUAAUCAUACAAAGAACGUGUUCACUAUUGUGCCAUCUUUUUCAGAACCAGAGAGCUGCAAAGGAGCCAACAGUUCCUUCAACAAUAGCAGAAGAAAUGGAAUAUAAUCCUUUUAUGAGAGUUGGGUAAGUCAGGAUCUUUUGUCAAAUGUUUCACAUUACUUUCAGUUUCUACCCAAGAUCCGACACAAAUUAAUUAAUAACAUUGUGAGCGAUAUAUUUUAACAUUGUCAAUUUUUUAUUAGUGAUAAAUCAGUUCAAGAAUUCUGUGGUACAAAUGAUCCUGUGAAAACAAUGGGAAAACUUAGAGAAAGAAAAAAUAAUUUUAAAGGCUGAAUAUUGAACGCUAACCAUGAUUUAGGCCUGUUUUAUACGUCCAAUUUUGGUCGCGUCGAAUACAAUUAAGACAAUAGAUGAGAUGUAAACCUCGUUAAUUAAGAUUGAUUAUCUAUUGUUUGAAUUGAAUAUUCGACGCGACCGAAAUUCGACGUAUAAAACAGGCCUAAUUAGGAGAGUAUCGUAGAUAUAUGAAGAAAGACUUAUCUGUAUGCUUUUCAAAAUAAACUACGUAACCAAUGUAAAUUUUAAUAGUUAAUCAAUCAAGAUUACAAUAAUAUGAUUAUGAACAAAAUGAUUAACAACGAUAGUAAAAUAGCAAGUACGGCGUUGAAUAACAAGAAGUUGAGGGUGAUAAUAUUUCUUCCAUGUCCUUAGCACGGAUUUCUUGUACUUCAGCGUCGUCGAAUUUUAACCACGUGGAACUCGUGGUAGAUGUAUUUGAACCCUUAUUGUUGCUCGAAUUACAAGUGUCUUCACAUGUUGAUAAUUUCCCAUCACAAGAUGAUGUAAAACUGUUUGUGGUGGAAGGUUCCGCGUGGUUUGUGUUAUGGGUAUCUUGACGGGCCACGUGGUCUGUGCUUCCAUUGGAACAGGAACCUUUGUCGGAAUCAAUAUUAUCAUUUGUACCACUGUCUGUGUUUGAUUGAUCUUGACUAUGUCGCUCGUUCAAACCAUUUCUCUUCAUAAAGUCAUCUGUUUUCUCAUCAUCCGUGCACAGUUCAUCGCUUGGUUCCAUAUCCAGCAUCAUGGAAGACUGCGAGCUGUGACCACCGUCUUCAUUUCUCUGUUCUGCAUCUUCUGUCGUUUGCGUACACGACCUAUCUUGGUCAGCUACUUCUUCACCGAAGGAGUGUCUGUUUUGUACUUUGUUUCUUGAAGCACAGUAGUUCUCAAACGCGGAGCACUCACCCGAAGACUUUUGCAAGGCACCUUUUGACUCUUGUACAUUGUUGGAAGUAUUUGUGGUUUGUGAACAUGAAUGGUUUGGAUUACUACUUUCUUCAUUCAACGACUCUUGACUCAUGUUCGUUGAUGGAGGUUUCUCGAAAGCACUAAAGGCAGAACCUUGUGAUUUUUGCACGCUCCCUUCUGGCUUCAAUACAUUCUUAACAGUAUCUGUGGUUUGUGAACAUGAAUCGUUUUCAUUCUUUCCACUCCGGGAUCUCAACUUUUUAGACCUUGUCUCGAGCGUGCAGCCUUGGUUGGCAGACAUGUUGAUAUUCCUGCAGGGUUUCUUUGUGGAGCCUUGAGAUUUUGGUAUUGGUUUGAAGUACCUUGUGAUGUCCAUACUCCAUACGCUGUCAUCUUCGUCUGAAGAACUGUCCGAAUCAUGGUCGUUCUUCAUGGUAUUUCUACUGCUCUUCCGUGAGGGCGUCUUACUGUGACGCAGUGUGUUCGUUCCAUUCUGUGUGUCUUCUAUAUCUUGACUCGUGGAAGUUUGUCCAGCACCCUUCACACGUUCUGAGUAGUCGCAUGUGUCCUCAUCAUCAAGGUCCAUGAUUUCUUCACAACACAAAUCUCCAUUUUCCUCUUCAACCUUGCUAUCCUCCACCUUCCUUUGCGAGUGGCAUUUUGCUCCAUCACACAUACUGCGGAUAUCUUUCUUGCAAAAAUUGCUUGUACUAUCAUUUGCAUCUAUUUUGCAAUGGCACAUUACGCCAUCAUCCUUUCUAGGACUGUUUAAACUGCUAGCCUUUGUAGCACUGCUUUGGCAUGAGCCACAUUUGACACUUGGAUCUCGAGAAUUCCCACCACUACUCUUUCUUGGAACUUGGGCGUUGUAACAUUGGUCAACCAUCUUGAUGCAACUGUCAUCAUCUUGCAUCGCUUUUUCACCAACUGUUUUACAAUGAACUUCGGAAGAGCAACCACCAUUGUUAUUCAUUCCGCCGUCAGCUUGUCUCUUUAAAACAUCAACAUUGACAUAACUCAGAUAAUGGCCAUUACAUGAAGACAUCCCACUGUGCAUAACUACACCAAACAAGGAGUAGACUGCAUUCUUCUCUGAGCAUGUCUCGCUACACCAUUUCUUCAAAGAGAGCUGCUGUGGCGUGUGCAAGCUCUUUGUAACUUUGGUAACCCAGCUGCUUGUGUACAGACUCUGGUUGCUAAAAAGAGAACAAAAU